UCGUUCAUUUCUUAGUUUUCUUUCUUUAUCAGGAUCUGCAGUUCAUCGUAUAUGUUCUCGCAGAUAUCGUUGAAGGAUCGGAUCGUCGAUUUUUCUCGUUCAUGGCAGCGAUCUACAGUCUUUACAUUAUCAAUAAGUCUGGUGGUUUGAUAUUCUACAAGGACUAUGGAUCGAAGGGACGGAUGGAUACAAAUGACAGCUUGAGAGUGGCCAGUUUAUGGCAUUCGAUGCAUGCAAUUUCUCAGCAGCUAUCACCUGUUACCGGUUGUUCAGGAAUCGAGCUCCUUGAAGCUGACACCUUUGAUCUCCACUGCUUUCAGUCUCUCACUGGAACAAAGUUUUUCGUGGUUUGUGAACCGGGAACUCCAUACAUGGAGAGCCUCUUGAAGUCCAUAUACGAGCUAUAUACCGAUUAUGUUUUGAAGAAUCCUUUCUAUGAGAUGGAAAUGCCUAUCAGGUGCGAGCUUUUUGACGUCAACCUUACACAGGCAAUACAGAAAGAUCGCGUCUCGUUGCUCGGACGGUGAGCAAUCCAUGAUACUAAUCUUUCAUGGGGGGGUGGAUGGAUUGCUUCGCUCCUUCUGCAUUAUUCUCCUGACCAUUUUGUAAGUUCUUACUUGAGGAUUUACCUACCUGUUCCUUGUUUUUACUUUUUUGCUGGAAGGGAUUGCAUUUGUUCUGCUUGAGGUUCAUUCACAGAGUCUUGGUUAUUGUUAAUGCAAUCAUGUUCAUGUAGUGCCUAGUUACAUUUCAAGAA